CGUUUACCAAAAAGCACAGUUCCCAAAAAUUGGCCUUAUGUCUGGGAUUUCCUUGUCUUUGCGUCAAUUGGAAAACCGGGAAUGGCUGCAACGAAAAGUCGCACGAGAUAUAUAUGGUAGUUCGUCCUGGCUGGCGAAUAUCGAUUUACAAAGGGAAUUAAGCUACCAUUCAAGUUGUGUAAACGCAUUAAACUGGUCUGAAAACGGUGAAUACUUAUUAUCCGGCGGCGAUGAUACCCAAUUGGUUAUUUGGGAUGUAUAUAAUAAUUUUGAGCCGCUUCAUGUGAUAUCUACGGGGCAUUUACACAAUAUCUUUAGUGUCAAAUUUAUGCCGUAUUCUAAUAGUCGUAAGGUGAUGUCCGCUAGUGGUGACAACCUUGUGAAGCUUUUUGAUGUUGAGCUUGGUAAUUCUUCUGAAGUCCACAAGGGUAUAGAAAGUGAAUUGAGAUGCUGGAAUUGCCAUUUGGAUUCGGUGAAACGGAUUGUUCCUUGCGACGAUGGAUCCACCUUUUUAACAUGUAGCGAAGAUGGGACAGUACGACAAUUUGACAUCCGAGAAGCACACCGUUGUAAUCAGGAUCACAACUGCUCUUCUAUCUUAGUAAAUUAUAACCCUUACCGUAUUAACCUUUAUGCCAUGUCGAUGUCAAAGUCCAACCCAUAUUACUUUGUUGUUGGAGGCACACAUCCUUAUGCUUUUCUGCAUGAUAGAAGGAUGAUAGGAAAAGAUCAAUGGAAAAAAAAUAAUUCUGACGAUUCUUUAACACGCGAUACACGAUGUGUUCGGAAAUUUAGCCCUAACGGAACCUAUAACUCUCAAGGAAUACUUGACCAUCAUAUCAAUUGCUGUGAAUUUGGUACCGCAAAUCCAAACGAAUUAUUGGUUAGCUGGAACUCUGAUUAUGUAUAUUUAUUUAAUAUUAACGAAGAUAAGGCGUACGAGCCUACAUUUGAGAAACAUGAGGAUUCUCCACGAAAUCCGCAAGCGGCAUUUAAAGGAGCUAGAAGCUCUUUUAGACAAAAUAGAAGUACGCAUUGGUUUAAUGCUUCUUCCCAAACUUCCACACCAACGGCAAGAAUUUUGCGUAGUCCGUAUGUGACAACCCAACCUAGGCGGCAUACAUUCUACCAAAUGUACAAAAAUAUACAAAAACUUUUUACUUCUCAAGACGAUGGUCUCUAUGAAAGCAUUGCAAGUGGUUAUCAAAAUCACAUGGCACAUUCAAUUCGUUAUGUGAAAGACGCUAUUUAUUAUAUGGAAAAUUAUAAUUAUUUUAUAGAUACAACACAUUUUAACCAUGAUGUUCGUAAUCAAAUUUUACAUUAUUGGAGAGCCUGUGUUUCGGUCCUUGUGCUCAUGGACGGGAAAGCAUGCCUAGAAUCAAAUACAAUUAUUCAAGCUGGUUGGGGAUGGCUUUAUGACUUUAUGAAUUGGGUUAUACGCUACCUCUUGGGAAUCAGUGACCAUUGGGCUUUGCAAAUGUCUUCUCCUCCUAACGAAGCUCGCCAAAAUCUUGUUUUACGCGAUCCCGACGAACAUGAGCGUGUUUUGUUUUGGAGUGCCUCGGAGAUGUUACGAAGUUUUGCAAGAAUUGAUACCAAUGAAUUAUCUUCAGUCAGAAAAUUCUUUUGGAUACACAAAGUUCUUCGUGGUUGUCUGGGUCUUAUUUCCGCUGAUAUUAAUUGGGGUUUAUUGCAACCUUGGGAUCGUGACGAGUCUGAAGAAACAAAUAAUGUAUCAGAAAUUGGUGAAUCUUCCUAUACUGAUUCAGAGCAUUCCAUGUCAAAUGGGGAGGAAAUGGAUACUUAUGAUGACACAUCCGAACCUGAAUUCCAAAGUUUAGACUCGGGAUAUACAGAAAUGGAAAUUGAAGAUGAAUUCAAUAAUAACAGUGAUGACUUAGAAGAUGAAGAUCAUGCACAUGUUAGUGAAAAUACCGAUGACAGUGAUGAGGAGUCUGAUGAAGGCCCAAGUUUACUUUCACUGCGAUCGAAAAAGAGAAAAUCCGUUGAACCGAAUGUGCCUGUUCAAACUCAUGUUAAAAGUUAUUAUGGUCAUUGCAAUGUGGAGACUGUAAAAGAUGUAAAUUUUUUUGGAUUAAAUGAUGAAUAUGUCAUGAGCGGUUCUGAUGAUGGAAAAUUCUUUAUAUGGGAUAAGGAGUCAACCUCGAUUCUUGCUAUCAUACAAGGAGAUAAUGAAGUGGUGAAUGUUUUAGAAGGGCAUCCUUUUUUUCCUACUAUCGCAGUAUCUGGAAUUGACUCAACCAUCAAGAUAUUUAGUACUGAAAACAAUCCAGCUCUGGGUCGAUCGCGAAAUCAGACUGCAAAUAGCUAUAAGAUUAUCGCGGCGAAUGAAAUGAAUAGAGAGCAAGGAUCUCGAGAUUCUUAUAUAACAAGCAGGAUGCUCUCCCAUUUAGCUUAUCGUGCCCAUUUGGAUGAUGGUUUUGGAAAUGAGGUAUUAGACACGAAUGCUUGUACAAUUAUGUAAUUAAAUAUUUUUUGAAUAUUAUGUUUCACUGAUGUUUGAUGAAUUAUAUCGUCGUUAUUAAAU